UCUCUCAAAUCCAUGCACCAUUCCCUUUAGAGAAAGAGAAGACAUCUGAAAUUGUAAACACAAAUACAAAAGAUAAAAGAGAAAGAAUGAGAGAGGUGAUAAGCAUACAUAUUGGGCAAGCUGGGAUCCAAGUGGGAAAUGAAUGUUGGGAACUUUUCUGCCUUGAACAUGGCAUUCAAUCUGAUGGCAUGAUGCCCAGUGGCACCUCUAAUGGUGCUGGCCAUGAUGCUUUUAAUACUUUCUUCAGCGAGACCGACGCCGGUAAAUAUGUGCCUAGAGCUGUCUUUGUUGAUCUUGAACCUAGUGUUAUCGAUGAAGUUCGGACAGGGGUCUACAAACAACUCUUCCAUCCUGAGCAGCUCAUAUCUGGCAAGGAAGAUGCUGCUAAUAACUAUGCCCGGGGACAUUAUACAGUGGGGAAAGAUAUUGUGGAUUUGUGCCUUGAUCGAGUCAGAAAAUUAGCGGACGCUUGCUCUGGCUUGCAAGGGUUUUUGGUAUUUAAUGCUGUGGGUGGUGGCACUGGUUCUGGAUUUGGGUCCUUGGUUCUUGAACGCCUCACUGCAGAUUAUGGAAAGAAGUCAAAACUUGGGUUUACCAUCUAUCCUUCUCCUCAGGUUUCUACAGCAGUUGUGGAGCCUUACAACAGUGUGCUGUCCACUCAUUCCCUCCUUGAACACACAGAUGUGGCUGUGCUUUUGGACAAUGAAGCCAUUUACGAUAUCUGCAGGCGAUCCUUAGACCUUGAAAGGCCAACCUACACUAACUUGAACCGCUUAAUAUCCCAAAUCAUAUCUUCAAUCACCACUUCCUUGAGAUUCGAUGGAGCCAUUAAUGUGGACAUUACAGAAUUCCAAACUAACCUUGUCCCAUAUCCUCGAAUACAUUUCAUGUUAUCAUCUUACGCCCCUGUGAUCUCAGCUGCAAAGGUUUACCAUGAGCAGCUCUCAGUCCCUGAGAUCACAACUGCUGUGUUUGAGCCCUCGAGCAUGAUGGCAAAGUGUGACCCAAGGCAUGGCAAGUACAUGGCCUGUUGUUUAAUGUAUCGCGGAGACGUAGUUCCAAAGGAUGUCAAUGCUUCCGUUGCUAACAUCAAGACUAAGAGGACGGUUCAAUUCGUUGACUGGUGCCCAACUGGUUUCAAGUGCGGUAUCAAUUACCAGGCCCCAACAGCGGUUCCUGGGGCCGAACUGGCUAAGGUGAAGAGAGCAGUAUGUAUGAUAAGCAACAACACAGCUGUUGCUGAGGUUUUUGAGAGAAUUACCCACAAGUUUGAUCUCAUGUAUGUGAAGCGAGCGUUCGUGCACUGGUAUGUGGGAGAAGGAAUGGAGGAAGGUGAAUUCUCUGAAGCCCGGGAGGAUCUUGCCACUCUGGAGAAAGACUAUGAGGAAGUUGUGGCAGAAGCUGUUGAUAUCGAGGCAGAGGAAUGAGACCCAUUUUACUACUUAAUCGAUCACAACAUUUUGUUAAUCUCCCCCUUUUUAUCUCUUUAAGAUAUGGUAUAUAUAUCCAUCUGGUGUUCAGCUGUAACUUUGGGAAUGAAUUAAUCAUUUCCCACCUCUGAAAUGAGGUUUUGGAAAAUCCCAUGAGCAUUUUUUGUUA